AUGCUGGUUGCAAGAGGAGUAGAUUCCAGCUCAUUACCGCUAACCCCCACUUAUCAUGGUUACAUCGGGUCUACUAAGGAUGGUUUACUUAUAAUGCAGGCAGUUUUGAACAAGAAACUCAAGCUAGCACACCGUAGACCCCAUGAUCACGAGAAAUCCAGUCUCAUUCGAUCUGGCAAUAUAUUUGUUUUUAUAGAGGCAAAGUCUGGCAUCAAGAGGUGGACAGAUGGAAUAUCUUGGUCCCCGUCUAGAAUUUUAGGAAGAUUUUUGAUAUAUCGUGAGUUGAACAAAUCAACAUACAAAGGCAGGGAAGAAAAAAAGAAAAAGAGAAGACAAAGCAUAGAUUUAGAUCUUUCAGAGUCAAUUGUAACGAAUACACAACAAUUUUAUAAAGAACAAGGGGUUCAAAUAGGAGAGCAUACCCUUGAGACUACGCCUCCUCUCCAUUUGUCAAACCAAAAGAAAUCACACAAAUUCAAGGAACAUGGUUUAAUAAAGAAGGCCAUGAGUAUCACCACAACGUCAGGAAACUUAAAUUUUGAUAAUAGAAAUGAAAAACAGGUAAUUCAUUUGGUAAGUUAUUACAAUGCAAAUGAGGUUUUAGAAGACAAAUUGAGGCGCCCAUCAGAAACUGAUCUUAAACACGAAAUUAUAGAUGAUCAAUUAUGGAUUGCAGCCAAAAAUUCAGCGAUAGGAACUAAAGCUCAAGAGGAAGUGGAAACAAAAGGCACUUUAGUGAGGAACCUACCUUUUGAAGGAAUUCUUCCACCAGAUCAACAGCAUAAACUUCUAUAUAGCCAGGAAAACGGAAGUAUAUAUUCAGAGCCUUUUCAACAUUCUAUGGUUCAAAAUAAGACACAAAUGAUACCUCAACGACCUCAUGAUAAUUAUUUAUUGCAGGAUACUUGUCAAAAGCCCUUCGGUUCACCAUCUAAAGACUACAAUCAGUUUGGAAAUAACCCUGCACCUCAGAUUGCUGAUUAUGCUGACACAAAUCAACAGAAUGUAGGUAAUAUUAGGUUUGACUCUGCUCAAAAUCAUCCCAAAAAUAUCCCUUUUCCCCUUCGAGCACACAGGAAGCAUGAGAACAGCAGGAUAAAAGCAUUGGUACAGCAAGUACCUAAUGAAUCAUCGUAUUUUAAUCCUUUAGUUGAAGAAAGACAUAUCCAUGAACACAAUUUUCCAUCAAUUGACUCGAAUUUCCUUCCAGGAACUGGAUUUGCCUCGAGAAUAGAGGUCACUCAACAGCAGCAGCAACCAACAGAACGUGUCAUAUAUACAAAUAUUUAUAGCAAUGAGAAUCGUUUAGCUCAUGUGUCUCAAGAAAGAUUUAAUCCAAACCAGGGAGGGCUCUCACUACAGCACCCGAAUCCUAUCAACAAUCGGGUAGGGUCUUUACUGUCUGGAGAGUAUUCCAUUGGUGGUCUCUCCAGUGGGUCAAUUUCACCAGGCGAUAGUAGCAAUCAAGUAAAUUCUGUACUGGGUAGCUUUAACGAACUACCGCCAUCAAUAUUAGGUACUGAACCGAACGUAGCUCGAGGGGGCAAUGACAUCUGGUACUCAUCAAAUCCAUUGGAUGAAGCAAAUUCUGAUGUACAGGCUAUGCAUCGAAGCUUUAACCAUCGACAUGAAACAAACUCAUAUCAGGUUCCUGUCUCACAUCAGACGUUUGUUGGCGAAUUAAACGAUGAAAAUACCCAGGGACAAAUUUCAAACUUUAACAUUCGCAACCAAAAUAAUUUAGGGCCCAGAUAG